ACAAAAAAACAAAAAAAACAAAAGUAGUUUGUAAAAAGCAGAGAAAGAGAUAAGCAGUGGAAGAAAAAGGCAGAGGAAAAGAGAAGAGAGAAAGAAGAAAGAAGAAGGUCAUGGGAUGGCUAACCUCGGAAUUGGUUCAAAAAAGAUCUUAGACGAUUUCAACUCGUGAAAUUUAGAGGUCCGAUCAUGGCGGAACCUUUACUACACAAAUGGACUGAAGAAUCAGCUGGAUCAUUCAGUAUUCGACAGACUAGUUUCUUUAGCAAACUUUCAUUUUCUUGGAUUAAUUCUUUGCUUACUUUGGGUUACUCGAAAACAUUGACCCUUGAGGAUGUUCCUCCUCUUGAUUCUGAGGAUGAAGCAGAAUUGGCUUACCAGAAAUUUUCCCAUGUCUGGGAUUCACUCUCAACAGAAAAGGGUUGUUCAAGCUCUGGGAAUUUGGCCUUUCAAGCCAUUAAAAAAGUGCAUUUGAAGGAAAAUGUUUUGAUAGCAUUUUAUACUCUUCUCAAAACACUUUCUGUUGUGGUUUCUCCUCUUAUUCUCUUUGCUUUUGUUAACUAUUCAAAUAGUAAUGAAAGACAUUUGAGAGUGGGUCUUUCUAUUGUGGGGUUUUUGAUUGUCUGCAAGGUAUUUGAAUCCUUGGGUCAAAGACAUUGUUACUUUGAUUCUAGAAGGUCAGGGAUGAAAAUGAGAUCAGCUUUAAUGGUGGCAGUGUAUAAGAAGUUGUUGAAGCUGUCUAGUUUAGGGAGGACAAGGCACUCUGCUGGAGAGAUAGUGAACUAUAUUGCUGUUGAUGCUUAUAGAAUGGGGGAAUUUCCAUGGUGGUUUCACUUAGCUUGGGGUUCGUGUCUACAACUUAUUCUUUCCAUUGUAUUGCUAUUUUGGGUGGUGGGUAUUGGAGCUUUGAUUGGUUUAGUUCCUCUUCUCAUAUGUGGGUUACUAAAUGUGCCUUUUGCUAAGUCACUACAAAAGGGUCAAUAUCAUUUCAUGCUUGCUCAAGAUGAGAGAUUGAGGUCAACUUCUGAAGUGCUUAACAACAUGAAGAUCAUUAAGUUGCAAUCAUGGGAAGAAAAGUUCCAAAGCUUAAUCGAAGCGCUUCGUGAAAAGGAGUUCAAAUGGUUGAAAGACACACAGAUGCAGAAGGCUUAUAGUUCCUUGUUGUAUUGGAUGGCUCCCACUAUUGUGUCUGCUGCUGUUUUUGUUGGAUGUGUUCUUUUCCAAAGCGCUCCUUUGAAUGCAAGCACCAUUUUUACUGUUCUAGCAACACUCAGAGUAAUGUCCGAACCUGUGAAGAUGAUACCAGAAGCUCUUUCAAUCAUGAUCCAAGUCAAGGUAGCUUUUGACAGACUGAACAGAUUUUUACUUGACAAUGAGCUAAAAAAGGAUGAAUUCACUGAAAACCCAUCAAUGCAUUUGGAUAAGACGAUUGAAAUACAAAAUGGUAACUUCAGGUGGGAUCCGGAGUCAGUGAUUUUAACUUUAAAAGAUGUAGAUUUAGAUAUAGAAAGAGGACAGAAAGUUGCUAUAUGCGGACCAGUUGGAGCUGGGAAAUCUUCUCUGCUACAUGCCAUACUUGGAGAGAUACCAAAACUUACUGGAAAUGUUCAAGUAAAUGGAUCAAUAGCCUAUGUUUCACAGACAGCUUGGAUUCAAAGCGGGACAAUCCGCGAUAACAUACUCAAUGGAAAGCAAAUGGACACAGAUAGGUAUAAGAAUGCCAUAAAAGCUUGUGCUUUGGAUGAAGACAUCAAUAGUUUUGACCAUGGAGAUCUUACAGAAAUAGGAGAGAGAGGCCUUAACAUGAGUGGAGGACAGAAACAAAGGAUUCAACUUGCAAGAGCUGUCUAUAAUGAUGCUGAUAUAUAUCUACUUGAUGACCCUUUUAGUGCAGUUGAUGCCCAUACGGCUACAACACUUUUUGAUGAAUGUGUCAUGACCGCUCUAGGUAAGAAAACUGUUGUUCUUGUGACGCAUCAAGUGGAAUUCCUUUCUGAAGUCGAUAAAAUUCUGGUAAUUGAGGGUGGAGAAAUAACUCAAUCAGGAAGUUAUGAGGACCUGUUGACAGCCGGGACGCCUUUUGAAAAGCUUGUGAGUGCUCACAAAGAUGGCAUAAUAGCAUCUGGAACUUCGGGGAGUGAAAACUCGAGAGACUUUGAAACAGUAGACACUGUGAGACGUGAAAAAUAUGAUAAAAAAAAUGUAACUGGCAAAAGCUUAGGCGGAGUACAACUAACAGAUGAAGAAGAGAAGGAAAUAGGGGAUGUGGGUUGGAGACCAUUCUGGGAUUAUAUCACAGUCUCCAAUGCAUCUUCUCUCGUGUAUUUAAGUGUUAUUAGUCUAUCUGGUUUCGUUGGUUUUCAAGCAGCUUCAACUUAUUGGCUAGCUAUUGCCAUUGAGUUCCCUCAGAUCAGCAGUCGUACAAUGAUUGGAAUCUAUGCAGCUAUUUCACUUUUUAGUGCAGUAUUUGUAUAUUUCAGGUCCCUUUUAACCGCUCUUUUUGGAUUAAGAGCUUCUAAAGCUUUCUUCUGUGGUUUCACAAAUUCUAUAUUCAAAGCUCCAAUGGCAUUCUUCGAUGCGACCCCAAUCGGACGAAUCUUGACUCGAGCCUCAUCAGAUUUGACUGUUGUGGAUUUUGACAUACCAUUUUCCGCCAUCUUUGUAAUAUCUGGUGCUAUAGAUCUUCUUGUAGUGAUUGCAAUUGUGGCAUCCGUUACGUGGGAAGCUCUUCUUGUUGCCAUUCCAGCUAUUAUAGCUUCAACCUACGUUCAGAGCUAUUAUCUAGCCACUGCUCGGGAGCUUAUUAGAAUUAAUGGGACGACAAAAGCACCUGUAAUGAAUUAUGCAGCAGAGACAUCCCUUGGUGCUGUCACAAUCAGAGCUUUCGACAUGACGGAACGAUUCUUUCAGAAGUUUCUAAAGCUCAUCGACACAGAUGCAAGUCUUUUUUUCAACUACAAUGCAACCACAGAGUGGUUUAUUUUGAGGAUAGAAUCAUUGCAAAACUUCACACUUUUCACUGUUGCAUUUCUCCUUGUAGUGCUUCCUCAGGGUCAAACCACCAAUCCAGGACUUGUGGGGCUCUCUCUUUCUUAUGCUUUAUCCUUUUCAAGUAUCCAUGUUUUCAUGGCGAGAUUUUAUUGUACUCUUUCAAACUACAUAAUUUCUGUUGAAAGGAUCAAGCAAUAUAUGCAUUUGCCAGUAGAGCCUCCAGCAAUCAUGGAGAACAACAGACCACCAUUUUCAUGGCCUACAAAAGGAAGGAUAGAGUUGGAAUGUCUAAAGAUAAAAUAUCGUCCCAAUGCUCCUCUCAUUCUCAAGGGAAUUACAUGUACCUUCCAAGAAGGGACUAGAGUAGGAGUUGUAGGAAGAACAGGAAGUGGAAAAACGACUCUUAUAAGUGCUUUGUUUCGUUUGGUGGAGCCUGAGAGCGGGAGAAUCAUCAUCGACGGGAUUGAUAUAUGUUCCAUUGGUUUAAAGGAUCUAAGAAUGAAGCUGAGCAUCAUCCCACAAGAGCCAACACUUUUUAGGGGCAGUAUUCGCACAAAUUUAGACCCGCUUGGCCUUUACUCUGAUGAUGAAAUAUGGAAGGCAUUGGAUAAGUGCCAGCUCAAGGCCACUGUCAGCAGUCUGCCGAGUCAGCUCGACUCAUCUGUGAGUGAUGAAGGAGGGAAUUGGAGCGUGGGACAACGCCAACUCUUCUGUCUUGGACGAGUGCUACUCAAACGAAACAGAAUUCUCGUUCUCGAUGAGGCUACAGCUUCAAUCGACUCGGCAACUGACACUAUUUUGCAAAGAAUUAUAAGGCAAGAGUUUUCAGAAUGCACUGUUGUAACAGUAGCUCACAGAGUUCCUACUGUUAUUGACAGUGACAAAGUCAUGGUUCUCUCCUUUGGAAAUUUGGUUGAGUUUGAAGAACCCUCAAAGUUGAUGGAAACCAACUCUUACUUCUCCAAACUUGUAGCCGAGUACUGGGCUAGCUGCAGGAGAGACUCUUCCCGUCAUUAAACAACUAGUCUUGAAAACAAAUUAUUGCUUUUUUUUUUUUAGGACUACAAUGGAAAAAUGAGAGAUCGAACUUUCAACUUCUAAGAAAAUAGGUAAUACCAAUUUUACUUUGGCAAAAACAAAUUAUUGCUAAUAAGGGAAAGAAAACUUAGCAGGAAAGAGUGAAAGUUUGAGACACGAGCAAACAGAGGAGA